AGGCAAGGAGCUAUAGCAGAUUCAAUUUCUGACAUCGUUUGGUCUCAUCUAAGCAAAUAUGAUAAUCUUAUCGAUUCCAGUGAGUUGGUUGGAAUUGAUUAUCACAUAAAUGCAGUAAUAGAUAAAUUGAGCUUAGAUUCUGAAGGUGUGACAAUGGUUGGCAUUCACGGACUCGGUGGUAUUGGCAAGACUACUAUUGCAACAGCUGUUUAUAGCGAGAUAUCUACUCGUUUUGAUCGACGUAGUUUUUUGGAAAAUAUAAGAGAAACUCAAAAGCAUAAAGAUGGAACCAUGAGUUUGCAGAAGAAGCUAAUUUCUAAUAUAAUGAAAACAGAUUCUGUUGGAUUUGUUGAUAAUGUUAACGAAGGAAGAAGAUUGAUACAAGAUAGAGUGUGUCUGUUCAAAGUUCUAAUCAUUCUUGAUGAUGUGGAUGAGACAUUUAAUUUUGAGGAUUUUUUUGGAAAUCCUAAAAAAUUUGCUUCUGGAAGUAGAUUUAUCAUCACUUCGAGAAACAUGAAAGUCUUGAGUACUCUGAACAAAAAUAAAUGCAAGUUGUAUGGAGUUGGAGAAAUGAGUCCACAAUUGUCACUUCAACUCUUUUGCAAGCACGCGUUUAAGAAGAAUGCUCCUCCACGAGAGUACAAAGUUAUAUCAAAAGAAAUUGUAUCGACAACGGGAGGGCUUCCAUUAACUCUGAAGGUUGUCGGCUCACUUUUGUUCAGAGAAGAAAUAUAUAUUUGGAAGGAUAAAUUAGCGCACUUAAGAGAAAUGCCCGAGAAAGAGGUGGUACUAAGGUUAAGGAUAAGUUAUGACGCUUUGGGGUACGAGGCUAAACAAAUUUUUUUGGAUAUCGUAUGUUUCUUCAUCGGCAUGGAAAAAGAACUUCCUUCUUACAUGUGGGAUGACUACAAAUAUCACCCUGCAAGUAAUAUUAAUAUUCUUAUUCAAAGGUCUAUGAUAAAAAUGGGGGAUGACAAUGAAUUUCAAGUGCAUGAUCAACUAAGAGAUAUGGGAAGAGAAAUCGUGCGUGAGGAAAAUAUAGAAGAACCAUGGAUGAGAAGUAGGGUAUGGCAGAAGCAUGAAGGUCUGAAUACGUUGCUUGACAAAAAGGGAUCAAAGAAAGUUAAAGCGCUUAGAGCAUACUUUUCUGAGAUGCAGGCGGGCUAUUUUGAACCAGAGCAUUUUUCAGAUUUAUCAGAGUUGAGAUAUUUUCAAUCAAAGAACAUGAAUUUUAAAGGAGACUUCACGAAUCUUCUUCCUAAUUUAAGAUGGCUUCGCCUGAAAUCAGAAUUUAUUUAUGACGAAUAUAUUUUGAAGGGUGAUUUGAGAAAUCUCGUGAUUCUUGAUCUCCGAUCCUCGGUAUACUUCAAUUGUGCAUUCAGUGAAAUCAAGGUGUCCAACAAGCUGAAGGUUCUGGACCUGUCUGGUUGUUAUUCCAUAAGCACACUCCCAAAGUUUCCACGAACAGGCAGUCUAGAGAUCCUGAACCUUUCUGGUUGCGUGAUGUGGGAGUCAGAUUCAUACCCGAAGCUUGAUAUCAGCAAUCUAUGGAACGUUAAAUUGUUGAAUCUGAAUGAGGCUAAUCUAGAAUCUAUAAAGGGAGGAACCAUUGGAAUGAUGAUGAAGAGACUUCAAAAGCUCGAUCUCACCAGCCUCAAGUGCAAGAAUUUGCAAGAAGUGCUUGUUGAUAUCAGGGAAUUGUCGUCUCUUAAGAUCUUGCGGACAAUUGGAGCAAGUUGUAAGCUUUGGGAGUCAGAGGAGGAAGAAGAGGAAGAAGAAGAAGAAAUUAAGGAAGAUGUUGUGGAACUAGGGAAGCUUCCAGGUAGUCUGGAGUUGCUAGCCACUUCAUCUCGGGUUUUUAAUCUCUCGGAAUUGCUGGAGUUGGAGGAAUUAACGGUUACAAAUUGUGAUUUCGGGCUCGAGAUCCCUACCACCGAGAAGUCAUGGUGGAAGGUUUCCAGAUUGAAGUCUCUGGUGCUCGAGGAAACAAAAAUAGUUAUUGCCUCGAAAACAAACCUUGUGUGCCUUCCAUCAUCUCUAACUAGCAUCCACAUUCGGCACUGUCCAAAAAUGGAGUGGCUCCCAACCCUAGAGAACCUUGAGAAUUUGGUAGAGUUGUCCAUCGAGUAUUGUCCCAAAAUGCAAGAGAUACGAGGCCUUGAAGGCUUAAAGUCAUUGCGAUCUCUCAAUAUUAAUGAUGGAUACAAUAUGGUUUGUGUCCACGGCUUUGAGAACCUAUUGCAUUUCAACAAUUUACAGACAUUGGAGAUUCAGAGUUGCCCUCAUCUGGCAGAAGCAUUGCGAGAUGGCGACAACGACGACAAUAACCAUUGUAGGACGACCAUCCACUCUUUACGAACAUUGAAGAUAUGGAGUUGUAACUCAACACUACUACAAGGUGGCAACCGGAUGCCUCUUCUCUCGAUGUUUUCAAGGCUUACAACACUAGAACUUGUGUCGAUCAAACAUUAUGAGGAUGACGAAGAAGACGCCAUUAACAAUGUCGAGCAGGUAACAAAGAAAGUAGAAUAUACCCACUUCUUCACAUUAAACACACUCAGAAUGUCACAUACUAACACGCACAUUAAUGUUUGGUGCGCAUGCAGAAGAAGGGGGAGCAGGAAUUGUGGCUGGAAGGGAUCGCCGACAUGGAAGAGUUGGAAAGAGUUUUAUUGUUUGACUUGCCUGCAGUAG